UCGUUGAUAACGUUAAUCGUGAAAUUUAAAUUGUAAUAAGAAAAAAUUUGGAUAAUCAUUAAUCUUAUUAGUUAAUUUGUUGUUACUAAUCAUUUGGUCGCCUCGUUAUCAAACUUUUAUCGUAAUGACACUUUUAUUUGCAACGAUUGAAUUAAUUACUGUCUUAAUUAUCGCGUCAACUUUUACUGACCACUAUGGGUCAGCGUCUUUCUGGCCUUCAGGUUUCUAUGCUUUCAAUCGUGAUCCUCCAAAUCAACAAUCAUCACCACCCUCACCUUCAUCACCUUCAUCAUCAUCAUCAUCAUCAUCACCAUCCUCGUCUUCACCAUCAUCUCCAUCACUUGAUCCUUUAGCAAAACUAACCGGAUAUAAAUCAGUUCUUGACCAGGCAACUUGGGUCACUUCAACUGGAUCAGUUCAGAGUCCUUCCUAUCUCCCACCAUCACCACCCGCCGUCCGAUACAAUCCCCAACCUCCACCACCUCAAUCAUCUCAAACAACCUAUUUAUCAAAUUCAGGAAAUUCUUACCCGAACAAUGAUUGGCGAACUUACAAUCAAUAUCCAACACGAGGUUCUUUUGAUACUAAUCAACAAUCUUCAGGAGAUCCGAUAAUUUAUCCACCAUUUAGUGGAGAUAUGGCGAUUGAUUGUAAAUAUGCAUCAAUAAUUAGACCCAUUUACUCAGGAUCAUCUUCAUCAGGAUCGACAGUCACUUUACCAGUUCCAUUGAUUCCACCACCACAUCCACAUCCACCGCCGCAAUCAUCAUACAAUUCAUCGCCACAAUCCUCUUAUAAUCCACCGUCUUACUCAGCGCCAUCUUAUUCACCACCAUCAUCGGCAUCUUAUCAACCCUCGUAUACAAAUUCUGUAGCUGCAUCUUCCUCCCCUUCAACAACCAAUUAUUUCACUUCCUAUGGUGGCCAUUAUCGUUUCCCCGCUAAUCCGUGUUUCAAUAUUAUCCCACCGUCAUCAUUUGUACCAGCUGAUUACUCACCUUACCAGGGAUCUUCAUAUCUCCCAUCGGCAUCCAAUUCAGUUCCACUAUGGUCAGCACCUCCUCCUCCUCCUCCUCCGCCAUCAGUUUCAUCACCCAUAUAUUCAGUCAUGGAUUCCCGACCUUCGAGUGCAAUGAUGGAGGAACCAAGUCGAAAAAGUUAUCAAAGUGGUUCACCAAAUCCCACGAUUCUUAAAUCGACUCGAGCUGUCGCUGAGCUAUCAGGUCCAUCGGGUGUAACAGGAACAGUUGUUUUCAAACAAACGGGAAAUAAACCAGUUUCGAUUGAAGGUAAAAUAAUGGGCUUAGCUUCGGGUCCACAUGGAAUGCACAUCUAUGAGAUGCCCUUUAUUGGCGGUGAUUGUGUUUCCUCCGGUGAUCAUUAUAAUCCACAGAAAACUGAACACGGUGGUAAACAUGAUUGGAAUCGACAUAUUGGUGAUUUAGGAAACAUUUUCGCAGAUUCUGAUGGCGUCGCAAACUUUGAAUUUACCGAUCUACUUAUCAGUUUAACUGGAGGUUAUUCAAUCAUCAAUCGCACACUAGGUGUCUCUGAAAAAGCCGAUGAUCUUGGUCGAGGUACCGAUGUCCAAAGUAAGAAGGAUGGAAACGCUGGUUCACCAAUAGCCUGUGGCAUUGUCCAUCUUAGUCCAAUCUUAUCUAAUUAAAUACCAAAACCUAAGGGAAGAA